AUGAAGAUACCUGACUUGCAGGAGGCGCAAUUUAGGAUAAUGCACCAGAGAGUCCUUCUCAUUCUUGAUGAUGUCUGUUCUGAGGAGAUACAAGCUUUGGCAAAUCUGAUUCAGUGUCUUAAAUUUGGAAGUAAGGUUAUCAUGACGAAUGAAAAUGUAUUCACAUUGAUGCAUAAUGGGAUCGACCAGAUAUACAAAGUUGUUUACCCAUCGAGUGAAGAGGCUUUACAGAUCUUCUCAUACUCUCCGUUUGGGCAAAGCUUUCCACCAAGAGGUUACAUGGAGCAAGCUGUUGAAGUAACUAAGUUUAUUGCUCCUUUUCCACUUGGUCUCAAGAUCUUAGGCUCGGCUUUACGUGGGAAGAGCAAAGAAGAGUGGACAAUGGCACCGGCUAAACUCAAAACCUAUGUUGACGUCACGGAUAUUGAGAAAGCUAUUAGAUUUGCGUACGAUGGUUUAUCUAAGAAUCACAAAACUUUGUUUUUCUCGUUAGGCGAUUCUUCUUAUUGGAGUAAGAACGGGUUAUACUCGCUUUCCGCCGUAAACUAUAUGUGGAGAGACUGGGACAUAGAGAAAGGGGUACAAACUCUAGCUGAUAUGGCUCUUAUCUCUAUAUCUAGGGGUGACGGAGAUUUAAUCAUGAUGCAUUAUCUCGUUAAGUUAAUGUGUAAAACUUAUUUCAAUUAA